AUGGACAAAGGAUCACCAAGCCAUGGCCGACCAAAGUUGGAAAUUCAAUCCCAGAACUUAUCCCCACUGACAUCAAAAACCCUGGAAUAUAUGCAGAUGCAGCCUCGCCGGAAACCUCAUAAUCCGGGGACUAAAUCUUGUUUCUUCGAUACUUCUUGCCCUGGGUAUGGGUGGUUGCUGCCAGGAUGGGUGGCUGAGGAGAGGACUGUCCAGUCCGGCCGGCUUUAUAGGUACUAUUAUGAUCCCGAUGGGCAUCAAUACAACAAGUUGCAUGAAGUUCUGGCAGCAUGGGAAAGGAAAGGCAUUGUUCUUGUCGACUACUAA